CCGCGGCCGCGCGUCGCUCCCCAGACCAGCACCCGCUCCUCUGCGACGGAGAGGCGGCCGCACACAGCGCACGGCAGCGGCGGAGCAGCGACGGCGCCGCGCCCUUUACGCGCCCUUUACGCGCCGCCCCACCGCCAGCGGGAUCACUGCGCACAGGUGACGACCCGCUCAAACUACCGGAAGUCCGCCGACCACAGGUGACGAAGACCGUGCGGCAAAGGGACCGUCGACUCCGGCUUUGUGCGAGGAUACAAGAAGAAGAAGAAGAAGAAGAAGAAGAAGAAGAAGACGCUGGGAGGGAUCCUCGACAGAACAGCAGACGGUCUUUCUUUCUCCUCUUCACACCGCCACCUCGAGCCUGCGCCCUCAGGUGCGCGUCACUGCGCAUUGUUCCUCCGCGCGACGAGGAUCUGGAUUUACCUGAUAAACGAGCUCACACACACACACACACACACACACGAGGAGGAGGAAAAGAUUGAAUUUGUGAAUCCAGGAUCCCAGACAGCGGCUGCACAGCGAAGGCCUCCGACUCCCGUCCAGCCGAUGGCAUGCCGAGCUCCGACCCAGCAGAGAGGGCGAGUGUGAAUGGCGUCCUAGUCCUUUGCCUCUGCCUCCCGUCCGCGGCGCCGCCCUCCUCCCCCGCCGCCUCAGCGCCUCUCUGAUCGCACGCUCACCGGACGCCUCGCCAUGGAUACGCUGACCGAGGACAAACUGGGAUGCUACUUCAACCGCUCGGUCAAAUUCUUCUACGAGCAGAGCGGCAAGAACAUCAGCGACCACUGGCGCAAGCGUGACUAUGCGAUCGUCACCCUGGGCAUGGGGGUAUGCUUCAUCGUCAUCUUCUCCAACCUUCUGGUCAUCGGGGCCAUUUUGAAGAACCGACGCUUUCACUUCCCCAUCUACUACCUGCUGGGCAAUCUGGCUUUGUCGGACCUCUUCUCAGGUAUCUCCUACCUCCACUUGAUGUUUCACACCGGCCCCUGGACCAUUAAGCUGUCCAAGCACCAGUGGUUCAUGCGCCAGGGGCUGAUCGACACCAGUCUGACGGCGUCCGUGCUCAACCUCCUGGCCGUGGCCGUGGAGCGUCACCAGACCAUCUUCAACAUGCAGCUGCACAGCAAGAUGAGCACCCGCCGCGUCUUCGUCAUCAUGGUCUUCAUCUGGCUGCUGGCGAUAGUCAUGGGCCUGGUGCCCACCAUGGGCUGGCACUGCCUGUGCGACCUGCCCAACUGCUCCACCAUGGCGCCGAUGUACAGCCGCAGCUACCUGGUGUUCUGGGCCAUCCUCAACCUCCUGACCUUCUCCAUCAUGGUGGCCGUGUACACGCGCAUCUUCGUCUACGUGCGGCACAAGAGCAAGCAGAUGUCGCAGCACACGUCCCAGAUGAGACACAAGGAGACGGUGUUCAACCUGAUGAAGACCGUCUCCAUGAUCCUGGGGUGCUUCGUGCUCUGCUGGACGCCCGGCCUGGUGGUGCUGCUGCUCGACGGCCUGGGCUGCGACAGGUGCGAGGUGCUCCGCAUCGAGAAGUACAGCCUGGUGCUGGCCGAGUGCAACUCCUUCGUCAACCCCAUCAUCUACUGCUUCAGGGACAAGGACAUGCGGCGGACCUUCAAGGAGAUUCUGUGCUGCCCGUUCCGGCGCAGCGCCAAGCAGGAGGGCACGUCCGGGGUUCACUUUAACACCCUGGAGCACGAGAACUGUCAGUCUCGCGCCGCCGGGCCGAUAGAGAGGAGCAACGGGACGCCUCUCAUCCGCCAAGGCUCCGAGGACGUGCUCGCCUCUUCAGACAGCUGGAGCGUUAAACAACGAUAAAACUUUCAACACACACACACACACACACACACACACACAGGGAGAGGAUAUGUAUGUUUGACAGUGAAAUCUGCAGAUCUGUGUGUGUGUGUGUGUGUGUGUGUGUGUGUGCGUUCACUUAAACAAACCGUAACGUCUGUUUCCCCUCAGCCGCCAGAGUGUUGUGACAGACUCAGAAACUGUUUAUUCUGUUAGGUUGGAUCUUUGCCUCUGAUAAAAAGCCAUGUUUUGAUCGUGAGGCGACGGAAGAUCGAUGAGCAGUCGCCGCGUCCUCUAAUUUAAUCGGAAGCAAGCGGCUCCAUCCACUUUCAGCAGACUCCCUUAUGGAGACUGGACGCUGACAUUUCCUGUUUGGACAUAAACACCCUGCCAAUUUGCAGACGGCGGAAGACGAAGAAGAAGAAGAAGAAGAAGAGGCUGAAAGACUGUUGCUCAUCCACCGAUGAAAUGAAAUUGAUUUGAUGAAUUUUUUUUUUGUUGGUAUUUUUGUGUGGCCGUAUUCUACAGAGAGGUUUUCUGUUAUUUAUCCUACGAUCGUGGGCUGCAACUAACAUUGUUUUCAUUAUGGAUUAUUUUCUCGGUUAAUCGAUUAGUUGUUUGGUCCAUAAAAUGUCCAUCGUGUUUCCAAAACCACCAAAGAUGAUGUUUUUUUUUUUUGUCCACACACCAAAGUUCCAAAGUUCACUGUCACAGAGGAGCAAAGAAAACAGAGGAUAUUCACAUGUGAGAAGAUGAAAUAAGAGAAUAUAGACUUUUAAUUUUUUUUCAUAAAAACAACUUGAACCGAUUAAAUCGAUUUUUCAAAAUAGUUGGUGAUUAAUUUAGUAGUUUCGACGGUUUUGACAAAAACUGAAUUCUAUAGUCUUUGUGCCAGGGAGGAAAUAUAUAUAUUUACAGGCGUAGAUAAUCUAGUAUAGUAAUAUAACUAAUGCAUUUACAAUAAAUCCAAAAUCAGAUUUGCACAAAGGCCAUACUUCUAUAAGAGGGGGUUAUAUCAGUUGUUAGUAAAUCCUUAUGUAAUACUUUAAUAUUUAUUACUCAUAGGCUGUGUGAGCACAUUCGGGUUGCCAGCUUGUGAAAGAUGUGCAACUUAUGCACAGUGUUUCGACUAUAGCGCUUUAAAAUUGUUAAUUUCGUAAGAACCUGAUAUUUACUUCUGCUGCUUUUUUAAUCCAAGAUAUAGUCCUAUCAGAUUUUUACGUCCCGUUCAGCCGCCGUCGUCUUCUCCGGCUGGUUUGUGAUGUCCUUCGAUUACAACACAUAACCCUGUUUUUAACGUCGUCUUGUAAAGUUUAACGUGUUUCAUCCAGAGAUGUUUUUAAGUUUCCAUCAAUAGGUCAAAUUGUUCACAACAUUGUAUUUGUAGUUUUCCCCCCUAAAUUGUAAAGUUUAAACGAAGGUUUUUUACCUUCACAAGGUGGAAGAGCACGUUAUGACCCUCAAUGUUCAAUGAUUUGACCUGUUCUGAUGUUUUUUGUCUGACUGGUAACUUAAUGGAUGAGAUCGUGUUUGUUCCAUAAUCAACGACCCUCGGCUGUCAUAAGUUUUUUCUUUCUACUUUGCAUCAUUGACAUUGUGUAAAAAUCUGUUCCUUCCCCAAAGUUUUUAUUUUUCAUUUGUACAUAUUUUGUCACUGAUAACCGUGCGUUUGUGUCACGUCAGCAAGCUGGAAUGAAACAACACGCCUUUGUU